AGAGGGGUUUCCUUGGGCAAGUUACCUACCUCUCUCUGUGUCUGGGUCUGACUGACUAUAAAUAAGAGUCAUAAUAGGAUUCCCUGCUUCACAGGGCUGUUGCAGAUGAAGCUCUUAGCACAGUGCCUGGCAUCCAACAAGCACUCAAUAAAUGUUAACAACCCUUGUUAUUAUACUGUUCAUGCUAGUCUGAAAUUGCAGCUUUGAGAUCUUUCAAGUUCUGACGGUCAUUUUAACAGCUGCAUAGUAUUCUAUAAUUUGGAAUACUGCCUCCUCCCAAACCCAUUCCUUCUCCUGUCUUCUCUAACUCAGUUGAUAAUGCAACCCAGGCACCGAAGCUGCUACUCCUCAUUGCCCUUCAGUUCCUCUUUAGCUCUGUUAUCCAUUCAAUUAUUACAUUCUAUCCUCAUUUUCCUUCCAAAUUAUGUUCUUCAUAUGCUCCCUGCUCUUGACCGGUAGUGCCCUGCCCUCAUUCACACGCUCUUCCUCUGUUGCCUGGAUCACUGCAGAUGAACCAAUUCCCAUUGCUUCUGAGAUUGUCUGCUACUGGGCUUAACUUCUGCAAACCCACCUGCGACCCAGCUGCCAAAUCUGCACAUCUGACUGUGUAACUCCUCUGCAUGGUACAUGGUGGCCGAUGGAAUGCAUAACCUGUGGUGCUGUCUAUAACAAGAUGUAUUGAUGACAACAACUUAUGAAGCAGAGAGUAGCAGAGGAACCAAGAUCUCCCGAGGCCCAUGGUUAUUUUACAGAGAGGUGGGCAGGGUUGGAUGCACUGCAGAGAGCCCUCCAUUAAACAACCCAGCCUAUGUGAUGUGGAUAUAGAACCGGGUCAGGAACACCUCAUUUGGAACAAGAGAUGUCCAAACACAGAACCCAGACUAUGGCGACUCAGGAAGUCACCCCAGGCAGCCAGUCAGAGGACAGCAAUGCUUUGGACCUGCCAUCAGCUUGUGAUAUGAGAGAUUACAUGAUGCAGAGACCCAGCCAGGAGGCCCACAGCGAGGCUUUUAGUUCUUUGGAAACCUUUUCUUUUCCUUCCUCUUCUGAUGUGGAUCCAGACAACAGUGACCUAAAUAUUGCACAAAGCGAUUCCUGGACCUCUGAGAAUUUCUGGCUGGACCCUUCUGUGAAAGGCCAACCAGAGACCAAGACAGAGGACGACGGACUCCGGAAAUCCCUGGAUAGAUUCUAUGAAAUGCUUGGCCAUCCACAGCCAGCCUCUAGAAAUCCACUCUCUGCAUCAGUUUGCCAGUGCCUGUCUCAGAAAAUCAAUGAACUGAAGGGCCAGGAGAGCCAGAAGUAUGCCCUUCGAAGUUUACAGAUGGCCCGGGUCAUCUUCAACCGGGAUGGCUGCUCAGCCUUACAGAGGCAUUCCAGGGACACCCACUUCUACCCACUGGGGGAAGGAAAUAUGUCUUUGGAUAAUGAGAAGCCAAUCCCAGGACUUUCCAAAGAUAUUAUUCAUUUCCUCUUGCAGCAGAAUGUGAUGAAAGACCCAUAGCUGGUGCCUGGUGGUGAAAGCUGGCUGUAUGGAGGGCAGCCCUGUGGGUGUCAGUGUUGGUGCCCCAUCCACAUCCUGUUAGGUCUCUCUUGUCAGCUCUGUGUGCCCAGCCUCCAACUAAGUGCUCUGCAGUCAAAGGCUGGCAUCCCUGACCAAGUACUAGAGCAAGCUCACCCCCUAUAGAGAGCCAUCAAAAUCUGGGAAUUUUAUAGCUCCCAGGCCAUGCUCCCUCCCACCCUACCUAUCAGUCCUCUCUGCCAGAGCUCAAUGACUGACAGGUUUGGGAAUCAAAAGCCCAGCUUCCUUGCCUCAGGAAAGACAAGCUCUGAGGCAUAAUUUAUGCUCCAGAGCUCCCCUCUGAAUCAGGCUGAAGCUGGGACAUCACAGGAAAUCACACUCUGUUCACUCCUCCCCACCCCCACCCCGUCCUCCUCCCAUUCACUUACUGGGGUUUCUUGGGAGCCUUUCUUUAAUGAAUGUCUUGUACCUGAAUCCUUGCCUCCAAGUCCACGUGCAGGAAAACCUGACCUAAGAGAACAAGCUUCCAUUAGGUGAGUUUUUAAAGGGAACAAAGCUCUAUGCCGAAUCAAGGACAAGAAUUAUACCAAGUUGUAAAACUGCAACCAUGUGAUUGAGAACGUAUGUCCCAGAAUAAUACAAAGAUUUAAAUACGGUGCCAAAAAGUGCAUCACAUCUUAAUCAUACCCUGGCCUCGCCAAAACCAGAAUUGCCUAUUUUAUAACAUUAACUGGGCGUAGAAGGAACAUUUGGACCAUGUAAAAUAACAGCUAAAAUUCACACACACAAAAAAAGUCCCUUCAUCUCCACCAGAUUGCAAAUGUGAAAGGUGAGGAGAAAACAAAUGUGCUCCACCCACCAAAGUAUGCAUAAACUCAAUUAGGAUAGGCUAGGCAGAUGCCAUGUGGCCUUGUUUGUGGUGGAGGAGAAAAAGGAACCCUUUGCCCAAGUGGACUCCUUCCUCUCGUUAUUUUUGCCUCCUGCCCGCCUGCAGCCAGCACCUUCUGUCACCCUUUGAACAGUUGGCCUGUCACCCCUAUUCUGUCCUGGCUUCACCCGGGAGCAGCUUUCUCUCUCUCUCUCUCUUUUUUUUAACUUUAUUUUUCAGUUGACAUACAAUAUUAUUUUAGUUUCAGGAGU